GUAUCCGUCGCAAGAAUGGGUCAAGCAUUGUCAGGCCAAAAGCCGCCCGCCACAGCGGCGCUCCUGCAGCCAGCUGUGACCGGCGACCUAGAUUCGAUAAAGUCGGCUGUACUCACAUACAAACAAUCACUGGAAUCCGGUUCGACACGAGGGGCUAUUGAAGAAGCUGUUAGUGUGUAUGUGAACAGACAAGACACUGCGGGAAAUGCAGCACUUCAUGGAGCGUGUUUUGGUGGGCACACUGAGGUCGUUAAGUACCUCUACGAGGGUGCUGCUUGCUCCCUGUUUUUGAGUAACGAAAUUGGGUGCAAUGCAGUAUUCCUGGCAGCCGGGUAUGGGCAUGUGGGCUUACUCGAGUAUCUACUGAAGGCUAUUCAAACUGAGGAAUCUCGGACAGGUAUGAGUGUACGUUCACAGACUGUGGCAUGUAACAGCACAGGCGACAACGCUCUUAUCGCCGCUGCAUCUCGCGGUCACACGAAAGUCGUAGACCUACUACUGAGCAGCCUAAAGGGCGAUCUGGAGUUAAGUUCGGUAUUGAACUCGCGCAACAAAGGCGGCGAUACCCCUCUGAGUGUGGCUGUCGCGGCUGGUCACCACGAAACCGUUGCAUUAAUUGCUGAGCAACCAGGUAUCCUCAUCGACUCAAUAAACAACACACAGUUAACUCCCCUUCUGGUUGCUUGUGAACGUGGCCAAGUAGAUAUACUUAAGACACUCCUCUCCGCGAACGCUGAUUGUACUCUGGUAGAUGCCAACGGAGCGAGUCCGCUGAUGAUCGGUGUGUUCUGCGGACACGAGAGUGUGUUGUGUGAGCUAUUACAGUGGUCAAAAACACACGAAAGCGCCACAGAAACCGCCGAUGCGGGUGGAGAUAGUGUAGGUAGAGACCAUCAGGUAGACCUCGUGAAUAAGCCGGAUGCCCAGAGCGUGUCCCCUCUGUGGAUAGCGGCGAAAAAUGGGAACCUGUCAAUGGUAAAGGCGCUGGUUGCUGCCGGGGCGGAUGUAGCGCAUAUAUCGGCAGACGGUACAAAAGCAUUGGAUAUCGCUCGAAAGCAGGGGAAGGCUGAUAUUGUUGAGUACCUUGAGAGUCAAGCGUAG